AAUGUACAAAUGGCCCUAAUAUAUUUCUUUUUUUAAGCUUAGGGCAGUGUUUUGAAUCAGCUGAGCCCCCCCUCAGAACGUUUUGAAACUAAAAACAUGCCCUCUCAGCUUGUAUGGUGCAUUCAAGUCCCGCCAAAAUGUGUUUGAAUGACAAGCGAACUGAAAGAGAUAGCUGACUAACCAACCCUUUCACUACAUAUUUUUAAAACUGGUAUUGAGUAACGACAGCUUUUUAUUUUUGUCGAGAUGACUGUCACUCAUAGCACCAAGCACAGAAAAUCGUGGAAUAAGAUUUUAAACUCAAGUGUACCAAUAAAUACAUAGAUACGAUGCUAUGAGAAAGUGUGCCCAAACUAUUAACUGUAGCAUCAAAUAGGCAGUUAAAUCACCCUUGAUGUGGAUUUGCAAAUUUGAGGGUCCAUUUGGCGUGAUUUGUCAACAGGACAGCACUUGAACGCACCUUCAAGUUGCAAAGCUCGGAGGAUGGAGCCUGUGAGUUAGCCGUGAAGGCAGCACCGGAGUGUGGUACUGUCUACCACUUGUUAGAGCGGCAGACUAGAGAGUUGCUGCUAACUGACACAGUAUGGUGUGAACUUCAGUUUUAGAUAUCUCUUUAUUUUACAUUACAAACGACUCUUUCUCUUUUAGGGUUUGUUUUCGGUCUUGAUGACUCAUUAUUAGCCUCUCGAUGUUUAUGUCACCGUUUUAUAUUUUUUACUAACAAUUUGGCGAAUUCUUUUUAAGUGAACAUCUAUGUGACAGAGGAUCGGUGUUACCCUGACAUGGCUGAGUUACUGCCACAACAGCCGCAGCCGGGCGAUAUAGACCCGGACUUCGAGCCUCUCUCUCGCCCGCGGUCCUGCACCUGGCCGCUGCCCCGCCCGGAGCUCAUCGACCCGGCCAGCUCCAACACAUCCUCCCCAGCACCGUCUGUGCAGCAGGAGCCAGCAGCAAACGCCGAGUUCAUCAGAAACCUCGACCUGGUGGAGGAGGACUAUAAAGAAUACUCAGAGCAGAAGCCGCUUUGCAAUGCUUUUCAGUGCCGGGACAGCAACUGUGUGCAUCAUUACCCCCACCAACAUCAUCAUCAACACCAUCAUCAUCAGCUCCAACAGCAGCACCAGGUCCCGGGUCCACAGCUGUCGUCCCAGCAACAGGUGCCAAAUCCUGGGGUCCCACCUUUGGGUGGACCCGGGCAAAGGAAGAGCAGCUCGUCCCGGCGAAACGCCUGGGGGAACAUGUCGUACGCAGACCUGAUCACCAAAGCCAUAGACAGCUCACCUGAGAAGCGGCUGACCCUUUCUCAGAUUUACGACUGGAUGGUUAAGAGCGUGCCUUACUUCAAAGACAAAGGAGACAGCACCAGCUCCGCGGGCUGGAAGAACUCCAUCAGACACAACCUGUCCCUGCACAGUCGCUUUGUGCGCAUACAGAACGAGGGAACAGGAAAAAGCUCCUGGUGGAUGCUGAACCCAGAGGGAGGAAAGAAUGGAAAGUCACCUCGACGCAGAGCUACCUCCAUGGACAACAGCAAUAAGUUUGUCAAGAGUAGAGGAAGAGCCGCAAAGAAAAAGAUGGCUCUACAGGAAGGGCUUGAAGGAGGAGCAGGCAGCCCCAGUUCCCAGUACUCUACCUGGCUUGGAAGUCCAAACUCCCACAGCAACGAAGAUUUUGACACCUGGAAAACCUUUAGGACGCGUACCAGCUCUGAUGCCAGUACUCUGAGUGGUCGCCGUUCACCUUUCCCUUCUGAACAGGAUGAUGUGGGCGAGUCCGAUGGCCACAUAAUGUAUCCUGGAGUUGCUGGUGCUAAGAUAACCUCUACCCUGCCCAGCCUGUCUGAGGUGUCUGGAUCCAUGGGCCAGCAUCGCUCAGAAAAGGUCAUGGAUCUGCUGGAUAACCUUAACUUGCUGUCUCCUAAACCCUCCCAGCUCAGCUCUGACUCCUCACACUCCCCGCGCUCCUCAAACGCCGGCAUGCUUCAGAGUAGCCCCUAUAACUCCACUGGACUGACCCCACACCAGCAGCAAGACUACCAGAAGUGCUUGUAUAGUCAGGUGAGAAUGCACUCCCUGUCCCCUGCUCCUAUGCAGACACUUCCAGAGACUAAGCCCAGCUUUGGGGCUUACGAGAACCAGUAUAUCUUCCCUUCUGGGCUGCUGACAGGAGAACCAGACACCAGAAGGGACAUGAUGCACUCUGAAGUUGGGAGGGCAAGUUGUCCAAUACCUACUUAUAGCAGCCAAAGCCAUGUGGGUGGUCAUAAUGGAGUAAAAAUGAUGAAUCCCUCUCAGAGUCACCCACUUCCUCGUGUAAAUCCACAUACUCUGCAUAGCCAGGGUCCAGCUGCCUCACAAGACUUGAAUAGCUGUAACAUGAUACGCCUGACUAGCCAUUCAGGGCCCUCUCUUCGAAUGGCUGGUCCAAGGACGUGCAUGCAGCUCCCCCUCGGACUCCCUCCACACACUAAUGAUGCCUCAGUGACCUACGGCAGCAGCAACAGCUACAGAGAACUCAACUCUGUACACCCACACAGUCAUCAUCAUCAAGAGCACCUACCCAGUGAUCUGGACAGUGUGCCUACUGAAAGGUUUGAAUGUGACUUGGAGUCCGUCCUCCAUGACACACUCAUGGAUGGUGGGGGGCUGGACUUUAAUUUUGAUCCAGCAGCUGGGCCUCAUGGGUUUUCCCAGAGGGUGAAGACGACCACACACAACUGGGUGUCAGGGUAGCAUCGCAGAGAGGUUUUUCUCCACAUCACUCUACUGCUCACCUUCAUUCAGAGAGUGGAAUCCAAAGAAGCUUUCACCAUCAUUAUCCACAGAUCAGAAGAGGUUUAUCAGUCAUGUCCUGACGCAGAAAUAAGACGCAACCAUCACUGCAGUGAAUAUAAAACAGAGAGACAAGCCUGCAUAAGUGAACUACUUGUGAACUUGCUCUCAGCUACCUAUCAAAAACUGUAUGUAUGUUCAAAAGUAUGUAUGUUAUAAUACAUAAGAAGGAACCAGCAUAACACAAAUUUGUCUUUGUGCUACAAUCACACACGGGAAAACAAUGACUGCAGAAUGCAGAAUGACCAAGAUUACUGCAACUGUGUACAACGAACGCGUGAAUAAGUUCAAGUUUGAAUUUGUUGCUUCAGAGACACGCACCAGGUCUGCAACCACUUGCAGCCAAUAGCCGUAAAUGGCAAUAAGAUGGAGUCAGUUUGCUAUCAGGUUGGAGGAGGUCAAGCUGGCAAUUACAUGCAAUUUGUCUGCGAGAAUAUGGUAAUUAACUGUGAUAAAUCUGUUGCUGUCUACAUUAAACAGGUUUUUACACAAACUACUUACAUUCAGAGUCAAGCCAGAAGCUCGUAGAUUUGAAACAGAAAUUGUGAUGUAGCUGCUGCAAUUUAAUUGCAAAAUGACAUAGGUGCUUGUCAACCUUGCUGUUAUAUAGGAACAUAACGAGAAUAGAACCAGUUGGGUUUAGUCCUCUUUUGCAAAGAAACUGAUUUGUGUCUUAUCAGUGCAGACUGACUCAAACUGAUUAUGAUAUGUUGUCAGUGUGUCUGCAUUUAUAAAUCAGAUGACAAUUAUUUGCAAACCUUCUGCAAUCCGUGAGAGUAAUAGCAGUUAGAGUCCGACAAUGGCUGUUUAGUGACAGAUUUCCUCCCACCAGGCAAACUGCAAGCACCGAGAGGUUGAGUGCUGAACCUCUGAGCAGCCACUUAGUUACCACAAGUACUUGCAAUUGGUUUUCAACAGUAAAAAAAAAAAAUCUGUGUGAUCACCAGGUAAUUACCAUUCCUUUCUAGUUGCAAUGAGGUUGCAGUCUUAUUUUUACUCUAGCAUGAUUAGUGUAAAAGCUGUUUAGAGGCAUUUUGUUAAAAGGUACACUGGGAACACAAUAAUUCUAUUUUCCAACACACAUUACUUUGUAGAUCUUGAAAGAUGAUUUAAAAAUAGUUCUUCACUUGCUACCCUGUGGUGCAAGGAGACAGCAUCAUGUAGGGUAACUAUGAAGGCAAGACAGACAAAGAGGCAUCUUCACCAAGAUGAAUCUUUCCACAUUGAAAAUAAGUUACAUUAUCAAGUAGUGGCAUUUGAUCAAUUUUUUGAAAUUAGAAGAACAAUUUGGAAAAUUAGCACCAGAUUCUUCAAAAGAGGACUUGAUAGCAUGUAAUCAGUAUAGUAUAUGAUUAUGACCCAAAUUAGUAAAGUAUUUCAGCUUUAAGAGAUUAUAUUUAGAAAUGUGUUUUAGGAACCAGCCAUCAACAGCAAAACAAUUACACUGUCAACCAGGAGAAAUCAUUACAGUUAACUGAUAAUCAAUAGAUAAAGUAGUGUAUCGUCUGAUCAGUAAUACCAAUUACAUUAUAGAGGAAAAGCUGUGUAUUG